AUGGACCUUGAGUCAAGUGAGAGUCACGACUGUUCCCCUUUCGCUCGCUUUGCUGAAUCGGUAUCUCUCAGAGUCAGCGAAGAACCCUUCCAAGAAGAAGAGGAGCCAGGAUGGUGCAGAAGUACCCUAAUUGUCUUGUCCUCGCACUUCGUCGUGAUGAACACCUCCGGCUUCACUAACUGUUUUGGGGCCCUACAGAGCUACUUCAUCGGCGAAUUUGGGGAGCCAUCCUCUGCGGUAUCAUGGAUUGGCUCAAUGCAAAUAUUUCUAUACUUCUUUAUCGGGGCCUUCUCAGGCCGUCUUACAGACGCUGGAUAUUUCCGCGUUACCUUCUUCACAGGUUCUCUUGUCCAUGUUGUUGGCAUCCUUGCAGCCUCAUUUGGCUCUGAGCUUUGGAUCAUGUUUGUUACUCUCGGCCUUGGUGUCGGCUUGGGUAAUGGACUUAUGAUUUGUCCCAUGCUCGCUGUUAUGUCGCAAUAUUUCACCAAGCGUCGAGGAAUGGCGGUAGGGAUCACAAUGUGUGGAUCGUGUACCGGUGGGUUGAUUUACUCGAGCAUCUUGCGCCAGCUUAUUUCCAGCUUGGGGUUUCCUUGGACGAUGCGUUUCAUCGCUUUGAUACAGUUCGUUACAUUGGCCUUCGCGAACAUCUGCUUGAGACCCAAGACUAGCGCAAAAAGUAAAUCCGGCUGGGUAGAUUGGACUGCGUUUCGCGAUGUUCGAUUCAAUCACUAUGCAAUUGCAACAUUCAUGUCACUACUAGGUCUAUACAUCUCAAUCUUCUGCAUUGUCGACUUCUCUCGAACGUCAAUUUCACCACCACUUUCUUAUCGCAACGGUCUAAACCUUCUGAUGAUCUUCAACGGUGUCAACGCCAUAGGUCGCUUUGGAUCCGGUCUUGCUGCUGACAAGUUUGGUGUAUUGGGUGUCUUUGUCCCCAUCUUGGUUGCGACAUCCCUCACCCUCUUCACUUGGAUUUCAGUCAGGACGGUUCCGAGCAUGUAUGUCUGGACUGUAUUCUGUGGGAUAUUCUGUGGUGGCAUCCAGAGUUUGUUUCCAGCAGGGCUUGGAUACCUUACUGCUGGGACAGAACAGCCUGGGACGAGAAUGGGCAUGGUCUUUGGACUCGGCAGUAUUGCAAGCUUGAUUGGGUCGCCAAUUGGAGGAGCUUUGGUUGGAGCGAUGGACGGUAAUUAUUUGGGUGCACAAGUAUUUGGAGGUGCGACGAUGGCUUUAUCUGCGCUGUUCUUGGAAGCUACUCGAAGGGCGGACAAGAGGAUGGUGCGUUGCUCCAAAGAUUGA